CGGCUCACCAAUGCAAAGAAAGCAUGAGUGCUCUCUUCCUGAUAUCCAUGCUUUUUGGCCUUGCAUUUGGGCAAGCAACGUCUUUCUGUAUUCCAACUGAGUAUAUAAUGCAUGUCGAAAGGAAAGAAUGUGCUUAUUGCCUCUCUGUCAACACAACCAUCUGUGCUGGAUAUUGUAUGACACGGGAUAUCAAUGGCAAGCUGUUUCUCCCCAAAUAUGCUCUGUCUCAGGAUGUUUGUACAUAUAGAGACUUUAUGUACAAGACUGUAGAAAUACCAGGAUGCCCCCGCCAUGUUACUUCGUAUUUUUCCUAUCCUGUAGCUGUAAGCUGUAAGUGUGGCAAGUGUAAUACUGAUUAUAGUGACUGUAUACAUGAGGCCAUCAAGACAAACUACUGCACCAAACCACAGAAGUCCUAUGUGGUGGGAUUUUCUAUCUGAUUUCAAUAGCAAUGUAAUUUGCAAUUCAAUUAAAUGUGUUUAUCUGGAAUAAAACUAAUAA